AUGGCUUUAGCUGUUACUUCUUCUUCAACUGCGAUCUCUGGAUCGAGUUUCUCUCGCUCAGGAGCUUCUUCUGAUCCCAAAGCUUUACAAAUCUGUUCGCUUAGGUUAUCAGAUCGAACCCAUGUCGCUACUUUCUCUCAGAGACUUCACUCAAUGAAACCCUUAAACGCUGAGUCACAGUCUUGGGUUGCUCGUGCUUCAAUCCUAAUUGCUCCCGAAGUUGAGGAGAAAGAAAAUGAUGUUGAGGAUUUUGAGCAACUUGCGAAGAAUCUUGAAGAUGCUUCUCCACUUGAAAUCAUGGACAAAGCUCUCGAGAAAUUCGGAGACGAAAUCGCAAUUGCUUUUAGUGGUGCUGAAGAUGUUGCAUUGAUCGAAUACGCUCGUUUAACUGGAAAGCCAUUUAGGGUUUUUAGUUUAGACACAGGGAGAUUGAAUCCAGAGACUUACAGGCUCUUCGACGCAGUCGAAAAGCAGUACGGGAUUCGAAUCGAGUAUAUGUUCCCUGAUGCAGUUGAGGUUCAAGCUUUAGUGAGAAACAAGGGUUUGUUUUCUUUCUACGAAGAUGGUCAUCAAGAGUGUUGUCGUGUAAGGAAAGUAAGACCAUUGCGUCGUGCUCUUAAGGGUCUUAAAGCUUGGAUUACAGGACAGAGGAAAGAUCAAUCACCAGGAACAAGAUCUGAGAUUCCAAUCGUUCAGGUUGAUCCGGUGUUUGAAGGAUUAGAUGGUGGUGUUGGAAGUCUUGUAAAGUGGAAUCCUUUGGCUAAUGUUGAAGGAGUAGAUGUGUGGAACUUCUUGAGAACGAUGGAUGUCCCGGUGAAUGCAUUGCACGCGCAAGGAUAUGUUUCUAUUGGGUGUGAGCCGUGUACUAGGCCAGUGCUUCCGGGUCAGCACGAGAGAGAAGGAAGGUGGUGGUGGGAAGAUGCUAAGGCUAAAGAAUGUGGUCUUCACAAAGGGAACAUCAAGGAGGAAAACGGCGCCACGGAUUUAACUCCUGCGAUUGUGCAGGAUAUAUUCGAAAGCAACAAUGUGGUUUCAUUGAGCAGAGGAGGGAUUGAGAAUCUUUUGAAGCUUGAUAACCGUAAAGAGCCGUGGUUAGUUGUGCUUUACGCUCCUUGGUGCCCGUUUUGUCAGGCGAUGGAAGCAUCAUACGUCGAAUUGGCUGAGAAAUUGGCGGUAAAGGGGGUUAAGGUGGCGAAAUUUAGAGCGGAUGGUGACCAGAAAGAGUUUGCUAAGCAAGAGCUUCAAUUAGGGAGCUUCCCGACCAUACUUCUCUUUCCGAAAAGCGCUCCACGGGCAAUUAAGUACCCGUCAGAGAAUAGAGAUGUCGAUUCGCUUAUGUCGUUUGUGAAUCUUCUCCGGUGA